AUGUCAGACUUGAUUAGACGUCGUAGGGCAGUGACGGCUACACCGAGUUCGGAGCCCCCGGCUCAGCCGGUAUCAGCUGCCACUGCUCCAGCACUGAUGGAGCAGGACCACGUGCUAGCUGGUCCUGGGGAUCCCAGGCGGCUGCAUCAUCAUCUUCUUCGGUGGUGCAGCCUCUUAGCACUAGGCGGCGACACCGGCCCGCUACCACCACCGACACCACAUCGACUGACUGUAUUGGUGCCUCGGGGGCACCUCCAGAGGAACACCCGAGGGCCGUGUCGGCAGCUGAAGACGGCGAAGGUCACCCGGGUGACCAACAGUCGUAUCAGCAUCGGAUAUGACGAGCGCCAUCGGGCUGCACCGACGGCGGACUUGCAUAGCUCCUUGGCCCACGACAUUGGCCACGUCGUUCGGACCCAUUGCCCGAUGCAAUGGAAGUCUUGGAAGGUCAUGCCUGACGAGAUCAAGAUGCAAGUUCGCGGCCAGUUGUCGACGAACUACGACUUAGAGGACAUCAACGAGGAGACCUUGGCGUACGUCAACAGACUCUUCGGUGAGAGGUACAAGCAGUGGAAGAGCGACUUGCACCACCAUUUUCAAGCGUUUGAUGAUCCGCAAGUCGCUCUUCAGGAGGGUUGCCCGAAGGAGCUUGAGGGGCGGGAGGAUAGUUGGGCGUGGCUCUGCGCUCAUUUUCAGGCGCCCAAUUAUGUGAAUAAAGCCCAAGUGAAUAAGGGCAAUAGGAAGAAGAAGACUCUUCUUCACCAUUCCGGCUCCAGGCCCUUCUCAUAUAGGAUGGAUGCACAGCGUCGGGGGGGGUCGAAAUUCCCAAAGAUCGACGUCUUUGGUGACGUUUAUGUUUGA